UUUUCCGUCUAAGAUGGCUGGAGACGAGGAAUAAGAAGAAGGGGAAUGAGGAAGUAAAAAUGUUUUUAAGAUGGAUUAAGAAAAGAAAAAGUAUUCAUACAAUGGAUGUAUAAUUAACACAGAGAGUCUGCAGUUUGCAGUCGUGAAACUUCCUAAAAUGCAAAAAGAAAUGGUAUCAUCUCUCAAAGAAUUUCCACUCUUACAAUCCAAAAACAAGACAGCUGAUUACUUACGUCCUAUCAGCCGUAGACAGCAGUGAAGAUAAGUAAUGACUCGCUAGAAGUGGGCAUGAAUGGACAUGGAUAGAAUUGAUUAAGUGUUCUUUCUGUUUGUUGCAAAGUGUGAGGGAAUGCACAUCUUAAUUUGUUGUGUUGCAGAGGUAAUACCUCAGCAGUUCUUUGACUAUAUCACAGGUGUUUUUCCUUAUGGAAAAUGAUAAAGUCUGUGUAUAGCCUUUGAAAAUGAAUGUUUACUUAUUGCAUUUUCUAUCCAGACUGAAAACACACAUGUUCGAGAGAUGUAAAAGAAAGUUCACUUCACUAACGUUCUUUAGCUUAUAUGUGUUUUAUGGCAAAUGUUAGGCCAUUGUAUUGAUUGGAGAAGUGUUAGAAAGUCAAAAACAAGGAGUCCGUCUUUAUAAUAGUUAUAUGAAUAUGGUCUUGAUUUUGUAUUGUAUAUUUAUAUAUUUUGAUUGUUCUCUCAGAGGUUUUUUGUUUGCUUUUUUUCAUUCCAAAAAUCUUUAUAUAUCCAAAACAAUCUUCAAUCAUAACAUUAUUAAAAUAUUACACUGCUACAAUACUGUUCAUCUGAAGGACUUUUCAUCGAUUAAGUUUUUGAAAUGGCCCCCAACUUAAAUGUUUUUACCACAAACACAAACACAUACGCGUGACGUAAUCACGUCGUGGACGCUCGGUUGAUGACGUAAUGCGCAAAAAACGUAACAUUUACGGAAAAAGUACCCAGCAGCCGCCGCAGUUAGCGGGGUUUUGUCUUGUUAGUCAAGCUACGUUUUAAAUACACAUUAAUUCUUUUUUUUUUUAAUCAAAGCUUGGGAUCUGACUGCUUGUGAAUCAAGAUGUCGUACAUGCUACCACAUCUCCACAAUGGCUGGCAGGUGGACCAAGCCAUCCUGUCUGAGGAGGACCGAGUCCUCGUGAUCCGCUUCGGACACGACUGGGACCCCACGUGUAUGAAGAUGGACGAGGUCCUCUACAGCAUCGCUGAAAAGGUGAAGAAUUUUGCAGUCAUUUACCUGGUGGACAUCACAGAAGUGCCCGACUUCAACAAGAUGUACGAGUUGUACGACCCCUGCACCGUCAUGUUCUUUUUCAGGAACAAACACAUCAUGAUUGAUUUGGGUACUGGUAACAACAACAAGAUCAACUGGACAAUGGAGGACAAGCAGGAGAUGAUAGACAUUGUUGAAACGGUGUACCGGGGAGCCAGAAAGGGAAGAGGUCUGGUGGUGUCUCCGAAGGACUAUUCUACAAAAUACAGAUAUUGAUUUCUUUAUUUUUUAUUCAAUUUUUUCGAGGAGUUUUUUGUGACAUGACACACAGACUACAAAUGCCAAAAGUCAUGGAAGAUCUCUUUCAACAUUUUUGUUUUUGCCGGUGAAACAGGACGAUACUCUUAUUAACGGCCAUGAUGGUGUUACGUUUGUUGUGUUUUUUUGUCUAGACUGAUGUGUAAUACAGUUUUUUUUCAACAACAAGUUGUGUUUUUACAAACAACUCAUUUCUGGGAAACAGGUGCUCAAGAAACCAGACACGGAGUAAAAUUCCUCGUACUUUAAUGUAAUAAACGUGGAUAUUUACAUAUUAAAGUCUAUUGCUGUAGGUCCUUUCAGUUUCUCCAAUCCGUCUCUUCAGUGUGACUCAGUGCAUUUCCCUAAAAUGUCCAUCAGGUGGAGCCAGAGAUGUUUGGCAGCGUCUCUGAAGAUGUUCCUGUAAUACUAAAGACUCAGUUAUUUACCUGAUUAGAUUACUUUAGGGAAUUCCUUCAUCAGGGACUAUGUACACAUACCAUAAAGAGAUGGUCAACCACAAAAUCUAAAAUGCAUAUCUCUACUCUUACCUGUACUAUCUAUCAAUAAUCAUUGUUUUUUUAAACCAGUUCAGGCUUUUAUUGUUUUUACACUAGGCCUCUCUCUUUGUUUCCUCACAUGGUGAAGUCCCAACAAUACUAUACUCUGACUUUUAAACAAACUAGAUGACGACAUUUUUAAUAACUUUUUUCCUAUACUAGGACUUUUUCAAAUUAUGUUUUUCAACUUAAUAUGCACCGACUGUCUUUUUAUGACAUACUAUGACUUAUGUUUUUGUUUUUUAUGGCACACUUUGCCAUGGUUUUUUUCAGCAUUCUAUACUAUGACAUUUUUCUUCUUACUAUACUUUGGCUUUUUUGAUAUAUCAUACUAUGACUUUUGACUUUUUUUGACAUACUAUACUUUCACUUUUCAUGAAUUUCUUUGACAUAUUAUAGAAUUACUUUUUCAUGACUUCUUUUUUGGUGAGAGAAAUAUCAGUUGGUAAGUCUGAUUAAUAUUGAGCCACCUCUUGCAGCUCCUUAUAACCAGAAACCACACAGUGCUUGGGAGACAGAGUCCAAUUUGAUGAAGGGGAAGAGGGGGGAUGGCUGAACAACAGCUGGCUGCCGAGAGGAGGCCGAUAACUGCUGUGGCUGCUGCAAAAGCAAAAUACUCUGACCACACUUGGCUGCUCUUGAGUAAAAAAACCACAAUCUCUAAAAUGUAACUUUUUUGGGAACCAGAAAAAAACAGUUUUUAGGUUGAUUGCAUUUCUUUUAUUAAAGCAUAAAAAUAUAAAAGCUAGCGUACAGUGACCUCAUUGUGCUAAUGUGUGUACACUGGCAGGCAUGAGUGAACAGUUCAAAAUAAAAUAAUUUCCUCAUC